UUUUUUUUUAAUUUCUGUCCUAUUUUUUAUUUUUUUUUAAUUUUAAAAAUUUUUAGAAUGACCAUUAGCCAAUUAUACAAAAAAGUAUUAUCAUCUUCCUAUAAUUUCAAACUCGUGCCUCGCUCUACGCUGCGAACUUUUGAGAGGAUGAGAAUUGAUCCGAACACUCCAAAAAUCAAAUUAAAUAAUGCAGCUACACCAGAAACAACGGCAACCAACAAUUUACCAAAAUUGCCAGUUCCCCAAUUGGAACACACAAUCGAAAAAUUUCUAAAAUUUUGUAAGCCUAUACUUGGACCUGAAGAUUAUGGAGAGACUUUAAAGGAAAGCAUCGAGGCAAAACAGUUGCAAAAAAUGCUGGAGAGAAGAGCUCAAAAACUGGAUAAUUGGGUUUGUUUAGUUUAUUUUAGAUUGUCUAGGUUAAUAUAUGGACAGGGGUGUGCGAGUUUCGCGUUUCGCCUUUCGCGGAUUUUCGCGUUUUUUGGACUUUCGCGUUUCGCGUUUCGCUUUUUAAAAUCCGUUUCGGCACACCCCUGAUAUGGACAUAGCGAGGGGGUCGAUUUCAGGAGUGCUAAAAUAGGAUGUGUACCAAAAUUUUUGAGAAUUUUUAAGGUCGUAACCGAAAAAUUUCAUUUUUCUCCAAUAUUUUACCCUCCUCCCCAGAUAUAUAGCCCCAGAAGCCCCCGGGCUACGCCCUUUAAAAAAUCUUUAUUGGCUUGCGGAAAGCAACCGUUGUUAGACGCUGCUAUUUGCU